AUGAAGAAGUCUCACUACAGUUGCGGAGAAUUUUUAAGUAUCUACAUAGUGUUAGCAAUUUUAAGCCUGAGAACAGGUCAGGGCGAGAUCCAGGACUGUCCACCUUGUAAGUGUAGCAUUCAUCCUGCGACUCAACUUGUAGAGGCAUUUUGUCGAUACAAAAGCGGGCAGAAGUUGUUAAAAAUCCCGAUGAAUUUGCCAUCAGGUCUCAUAAUUUUACAAAUGACUUCGCAACAAGUCCAUAAGUUAGACACAACUUCCCUGAAAAAUUACUCCAAUCUACAGAAGUUAUAUUUGGAUGCAAAUGAUCUCAAAACGAUACAGACGGGAGCGUUCUCUAAGCAGCAACUUCUAACUUUGCUUGACCUCAAAGAGAAUAAGCUUUACAGCAUCAGUGCAGAAACGUUUCGAGGACUUGGGUCUUUAACAAGCCUCCGGUUGGACCACAACAAGCUUCAGAAGAUUUAUCGAGGAAGUUUCUCCUUCAUGCCAAUGAUAGAGGACAUAGACCUUAGUUUCAACGAAAUAAGCGACUUAGAGGAAGGUGCUUUUGAUAGGUUGGAUCACUUGAAAACUCUUUUAUUGAACGGAAAUAAACUAAAAAGAAUACAUAGCGGCACUUUGGGGAACCUGAUGUCUCUAACGCGACUUGAGCUGGCUUCGAAUCAGAUCCAAGCAAUCGAUGAAGGUGUUUUCAGCUGUUCGCCCCUUGUGAAGACACUUGUUCUCAAGGCUAACAAGUUACAUGGAAUUCCCAAAGAAAUUUUUUUGGAUCUACAGUUUUUAGAUCACCUUGAUAUGAGCCAAAAUCCAGUAUAUUAUAUUGAGUCGGAUGCUUUAAUGGGCCUACGAAGUUUAAAGACGAUAAAAUUAAACGACUGCAACAUUUCCGGGAUUCAAAACAACACUUUCUUUCCGCUUGAAAACAUCAUCACUAUUCACCUUGAAAACAACCCACUGAAAUGCGACUGUCAUUUGAGCUGGAUCCUUAGCUGGUUGUCAAGAAAGCCAGAAGUUAAGCUAGAAGGAGCUGUUUGUCGAACCCCACUUAACAUUUCAGGUCAAAACUUGUCAUCAGCCAACUUGAGGUCAUUUGUUUGCACAUGCGCAGAUUGCAACAAAGAAGCCGCUUGCAGCGUACCACCGGCCAAUUGUUCCUGUACCCAAAACCUAACGGGACUAUCAUGUAAUGAUAUCUGUCAAUCACAUAACCAACCAGUGACUUGGUGCAGAAAACAAGAUGGAAACUGCUCUUGCAAGAGUAGUGCUGUUGCCCAGGAAACGGGCAAGACUUCAAACUGCUCGUUUAACGUAACUUCAGAAAAAUGCAGCGAGCAUGGUGAAGUAGCGAAAAAAGGAGCUCAUUUAGAGUGUGUCUGUCAAACAGGAUUCACUGGAAACGGAAUCAUCUGCGCCGACAUCAACGAAUGUAAUAAAACUCGAAAAGGAUGUUUGUUUGAACAUGAGGUGUGUAUCAAUACGUUGGGCUCAUAUCACUGCGAAUGUAGUCGAGGUUUUAGGUACAUGGUACCUGGAAGAACAAGUCCCUGUGAAGAUAUUGAUGAGUGCAAGGAAAAUAAACCGUGUGAUCUUCACGCCAAAUGCCAUAACAGUAAAGGUGAGUAUAGUAAUACCAGCGAUCAACUGCUGGUAGGCCUGUCGCGAUUGUGCUCGCCGGCAACUUUUGCGGUUGGGAGCAACUUUAAUUGCGGUUCUAGCAACCACGAGCAAAUUUGUCCUUUCUGGGCAAUUUUUGAGCAAAAUAUAGGUUUAGUGCACACAUCAAGCACGAAACAGUUAAUGAUUUCACAGAAAGCUGCAAGUUAUGCGAAUUUCUUGAGUGUUUAUCAACCUAUUAAGGAAAAAAAAGAGUAAUUCUCAUACAACGUCCUAGAAUUUACAAUUGUUGCCGUAUGAAUAUAUAGCUAAGCGGUAUAAUGUUGGUCAAGGCUCUCAUGGCGAGCAAAUGGACUACUUGUUUUUUCGCCCAUAUUUGAUUUUUGGCACUGAAUAUUAGCAACUAUUUGCAUGGCAUUCCAGUAAGCAACUUUCCAGCAUUUUACGAACACAAUCGAUCGGGACAGGCCUAUCAACUGGAAUUACAAACUCCACUCCCCUCCCAUUCCAUCCUUUCUCGCCUCCCCCCUCACCGCCACCCCUACCCCCACCCCCCCCCUCCCCCAUUCGGGAAUUCUAUUGUCCGUUACAAACAUUUAUAGGAGUUUCUAAAGCUUUCCUAGUUUUUUUCGUCACAUAUUUACACAUACACAUUUGUGGCCUGAUUUUUCGCUAACUGUAUCCUCCAAAGGUCUGUGACACAAAUCAAUAGGAACAAGCAAUCACAGAAUGUACCCCUGAUUUGAUCCUUAAGGAAUAAGAUAUAGAAUAACUGAUGGGCUACCCCAACGGUAAGGAGCUUUAAAUCUCAACACGAGGUGAAGAUAAAAAAUAGAGGAGGGCAUGUUGAUGAGCAUUACAUUAAGCUAGUGAGAGAAUGAAUUAGAUAACAAGCGUUAACGCGGAUGUUGUCCAACAGUAUCAUCAAUCAUUUUUACCAAUUAAGGACCAUUUCCUUUAAGAGUUUUCAAUGGCUUUCCUCGGUUUUUAAGUUGAUGAAUGCACUUUGCUGGUCUGACUUUUCGAUGAUAAUCCUCCAAAGGUCUGUGCAAAAUCUGGGAAUUGUAUUUGGCCCUUAAUUAAAAGGACAGUACGAUAUCCGUAGUGCCGGACAUGGAGCGGAAUAAUUUUUUAACGUUAUCUUCGGGUUAGACAUAGCUUAAGCGUGUCGGGAGAGGAUUAAGAACACAUACAAAAUAAAUGACUACUCAGUCCGCAAGUGAGUUAUUCAUGAGUUAUUCAUAUCCAACAAAACUAAUUCAGAAAAACAGAAAGUCGACAAAACUCCGAAGUUUCACAUUAUUAGCUAUUAUUAUUUGUUGCACAGUUUCUUGUAGAUUUUGUAAAAGUAUUAUACAGAGUUAAUAUUUUGUCUGCAGAAAAAAAGAGUGUCCAGUACCACUCCGGCACAUAGUUAAAGAUGAUUGAGAAAAUCAUGAAACAAUGAAAGAUUAAUUUUUGUCUUUUAUAGCCGCCUGAUAAACUUGUUUUAAGAGGAGGCAAUCUCUGAGGAAAAGAGGUUCCGUUUGAUUGUCCACGAAAGAUUCAUAAAACAAAUGGUUUUCAGGUCACCAAUCAAACGCAAUUAAAAAUCUGGUUGAAUUUGUUUUUUAGAGGCAAAGUAAGAUUUUUUCUAAACAAUAACAACAAUGAAAGGAACUCUUUUGCCUCUAUCGUGUUGACUUGUGACUUGUCAAAUCCCAGAAAUUUCAUAAUCUGCGAAAGAAAACUGGAGAAAGAAAUAACAACACUGACAAGAAAUAACAAGAAAUAAUAACGACGCUGAGCCGAUAUAGUCUGCUUUAACAUUCAUUUCCUUAAAUUGCCUUCAAGGCAAGUUAUCUGUCUGCCGUGUUAUUUCGUAGUUUAUAUCAAUCAGUUUUCUGUUUAUUGAAGGAGUUGACAGCUAGUCGAAGUGACAGCACGUCAAAGAUUUUUGAAAUGAAGAAAUUUAAAUUUGCUUGGACAAGGCUCAAAAAGCUGUGUUGAACGUCCCUAACAGUAUAGCUUUCAACUUAGCAACGGUAGAAAAAAGGUGUUCUUUUGUGACAAUGCAGUUAAUUUGACAACCCCUCCUACAGGAAAUUUCAAACUGAAAAGAAAUAUUAUUCUCAAACACAGUGCUUUUAUUGAAUGCUAGCUUGUUCUCUGUUGUUGAAUGUUAAUUUGCGUUCGAAAAUGCCGAAUGACAUCAUUUAACGUAGCCUGCAGUAUUUCUUAAAAGCCUCAUUGACCUCCGCUUAACUUAUAUUAUUUGGAGGAGAAAAAUAUUACAAAUACAUCAUCAAAAUUUUUUAUCAAGCUUUAACAGAGCGGCUGAGAAAGAAAACGGGAUGAAUUAAAAUUGGGUUGAUAAAGAUUUUUCAAAACAUAAUCUCAUCCUUAAUAUGCAUUACGUAAGUCACGAAUCAAUUGAAAGCUUUUUUCAAAUAUUUCCUCGAUUACGUCUUACCUAUCAUGUGAACUAAACAUCCUACUAGGUUUCUUUAGAUAACAUGUCUUUGACGCAUUUUGCUGAUGUAAUACGUGAUUGAGAAACUUCAGUUGAGGAAAUUUGAAAUCACGUAUCCUGAAUGACAUAUGAAUGCUGCAAGCCGUAAUUUUGGUUAAUAUACUUUGAAACUGAAAAUAGUGAAAUGCAGUUUUAAUGUUUUUAACCUCACAGCAUUGGCGGCUGGAAGUAUUUCUCCCGCAAAAUAUAAUGAUAAUCACUCUUUGAUUCUCUAAAAUGACUCCGGCGACGAUAGUUUCGCUACUUAGUGGAAGCUGAGAGCUUCUCAUAUGGCUGCACAAAUUUAAAACGAACGAUCCCAUGAAACUCUCUACAAAAAGAUCUUUGAUUCAUUGUUACCGUACAGUAAAUCCUGCAAUCAACGUGCUGGCGUUUAAUUGAUACUUAGAAGAUAAAAGGAAAAAACGGGGGAGCUUACUCUAAAAGGCGGCCAUCUUCCGUUAUAUGAUAUACCGAGGGGGGAUGUCGGGAUUUAUAGUAGUGUGGGAGCGAGGAAUAGGUGAUAGGCACCCAACGUCAAUUUUCGGAAAAUAUCUGUUCGGAAGACGAUUUGAGAUUUAGAAUUUUCGGAACAUUUGUUGUAAAAUCUCUUGCUUGCCUGCCUCUCCUACGAUUUUUGAACAUCUAAAAAUGGUAUAAUUGCCCAUUUUUGAUGGAUUUACCCUGAAAAGGUCACCUAGAAUUUUCGGGAGCCCUUUUUUCGAAAAGGUAAGUUUUGAUCCCUAUAAUUUUUUUGAUCACUACACUUUCAGCUGGUAAAUCCGAACAGUUGAAAAAUUUUUAGUGGAUAAAAAUAUGCCUAUAUCUACUGUUUAAAUACUAAAAUACGUCUAACAAAGCUGUAUAUAAGUGGUUUUUAACUAAAUUCUCGUUGGAUGCCCCUGAUGGGUCAAAGUAAGAUCCACCGACCUAACGCCGAGAAUUAACUGCUCAAAACGUUGGGUUAAGAAUAAAGUGUUGGGUGUUUUCUCGGCUCCUUCUUGAACCAGCUUCCUGAUCCUGGGGUAACGUUUCUGGAAAGUGUCGGUAACUUUGGGGGCCCGGGAAGCUGUUUCAUGUUUGACGAGUUUGCAUUGAAGAUAAAAGUUUCAAUAAUUUUGAAAAAGACACAAUGAAACUAUCAGUUAAGCAAAACUGACUGGUUUGUGAGCUAGUUAUGUGCUACAGUCGGUAAACAGCCUAAUUUUUUUUUUUGUAUUCUUCAGGGCAAAGCUAAUAAAAUUAAAUUAAAAAAAAUAAUCCUCCCCGUAACGGAAGAAUGGAUUAAAGAGUCUACGCACGGAGGAAGACGCUCAAUAAAUUUUUCUUCAACGAAAUGGAACUUUUUAAAAAUACUUCCUGUUGAUAUGAGUCUGAAUGGGAGGGGGGUGGGUGGGGGUCCACAUUUCGGUUGUCGGCUAACAUUUCGUUAAUUUGCACUUCUUUCUAAAUGCAAAUAUCGAUAAUACCGGUUCCUGUCGGUGGUCUGUCACGUUUUUCCUGUCGGUAGUCUAUAAUUAACGCUGCCGUUAGAAUCGAAACAAGAAGCUGUCCUCCUACACUCCGAUUCCUGUGUAGUCUGAGGUGUGAAAAUGUGUAAAAAAAAAUGUUAGAAAAAUAAGAGGUUUUCCUCGCUAUAUCUUUGGCGCUAUUUUAAAAGAUGUGUGAGAGCUCCUUUUUUAAAAUCAUUACAGGCUCGUUCACAUGCACGUGCCUUGCUGGUUACAGCGGAGACGGAAAAACUUGUCUGCCGUUACCCGCCAAACCGAUGGACGUCAAAGUAACGGCGAUAAACCCAAACGAAGUGACGGUGACUUGGAAUGUGGCUGAUGAUACCAUAAUAAGGUAUUUUACAGUGGAGUAUAAGUGGGUGGACAAAGAAUGGCAGUUUGUUAAGAUACAACCUAACAGAACGCAGGCACAUCUGAAAGAUUUGGAUUCAGAUUCAAGUUACCUAGUGCGCAUAGGUAAGUCAUGUGACUAUGGGAAGCAAACACGUGCAACUUGUUUUGCAACAUUGGUGCAAUUCAAAUUGAAUAGCGAUGCUGCGCGUUUUACCAUGCACCCACGAAUCAAACCUGGCUUACAACAAAUCAGGUUGUUGUGAAUAUUGACUUCUGAUUGGCUUAAGUUACGCGGGAGUCAUGCCAUACAUGGAAGUUACGUCACUUGCUGUAAAAUAGAUUUACAUUGGGCCGGUAAAACGCGCAACAUGUACAAAAUUGUCGCAAAAAAAUUGAACUACUCUCGGUUUCUUUUUAUUCGCUGACUUAAAUGUUCGUUCAAUCCUGUAACCUGCUGAUGGUUAUUAGGGAGCUUAAGCGACGACGACGGCGACGGCAACAAGAACGGUAAAAAAGCAAUUGGUUUAUAGAGCGGUUUUCAUUUGAGUGUCGAAAAGUAAUUGGUUUUGCACUUUCUACACGAUGCGAUUGGCUUAAAAGAUUCGCGCCACCUUUUCAUCCAAUCAGAAGUAAAACCAAAGCCAAUUGUGACGCGCUCGCAUGCAUUUUCCCGCGCUUUGCGUCAGCCACAUGUAAUUACUUCGAGUUUUGAUUGGUUCAAUGUAUUGUCUGUGUCCUAUGUGAUUGGCCAGAGUAAUUACUUUGGUUUUGGUUUUACGACACUCAAACGAAAACCACUCUAUUUAGCAAAAGAACAACUUUGCACGUGCAUCACGCUUUUUUGUAUAUUUCUUAGCUGUCGUUGCGAGACUACAACGUGAAAGUGCCUAAUUUCACGUUUUGUCAAAAACGUGAACACAAGACAACAACUUCCUUUUUCUUUUCCUGAACUUUGAUACCGUCCAUUAGAACUCAACUCCAAAAGGAUUUUUCAAGAUUUGACGAAUUAAACGAGAUGGAAUGAGCGCGAUAAAGUUGGAGGCAGCGCGAAUCCACUUUUUAAGUGACGUUUUCGUAGCCGUCACCGUCAUCCCGAUUCAAAUUUCCGCUCAAUCCCGUAAUCCCAAUUCAAAUUUUCGUCCAAUCCCGUAAUCCCGAUUCAAAUUUUCGUCCAAUCCCGUGAUCCCGAUGGAUAUUUUGGGAAUCUCUCAUCCCAUGCAUACUUUUAAUCACAAAUCUUGAAAUUUUAAAUCCAGACAAAUCCGCCUAAGCUGGAAGGGUUCAACGAGUCUUAAAAAUAUAUGCUACUUAACUUUUGCGUCUUUUCACAGGUGCUUUCUCCAUCUACAACACAAGUGUCUACAGCGUAGAGAAAUUAUUCAAGACUCCCGCCAUAGAUUUUGGUACAACAGUAAGCUUGACAGACAGUUCACAAAACUCGACUACUAUUGUUGUAGCGCUCGUAGUGAGCAUUGCUGUGUUGGCAAUCAUAGCUGGCGUACUUUACUUUAUGAUGAAGAGAAGAAAGACUCGGAAAGAAAGACAUGGUCAUCCCCAGUUUCCUGGACUCGAGGAUCUGAUUGAGAUGAGAUCACGGACUCACAGUGGGGGGCCUGAGACGAGAGGAAACCGAGAUCUAGUGGAAAUCGGUACAACGACUCUUUUUAUACAUUUGAGCUUCGUCUACUCAAAUUUCUUACAAGAAAAUAAUUUCUAAAUUUGCUUACGCCUGUCUUAAGCCCCAUUUUAGUGAUCAGCUUUUUGGUUCCCAUAAAAUAUCGAGUAAAACCAAAAGAAGCGGAAAAAAUCCCUGGGGGACUCCCAUAUGAAAGUGGUGGGGAUGCUCGUUGUCUCGCUUAGGGGUGUAAAUUUCGGAUUUUGGUCUCACUUAGGGUGUUCGGGGCUAAACGUCAUUAUAUUUAGCCGUAAAGGUCUCUUUUAGGGUUGCACGCGAAGAAAUAUAAAAAAUGAUAUAUUUUCCAUUCGUUUUAUUUACUCGAUUCAUGUAAUGAAUUAAAAUGGUCUCUUUUAUGGGUGAAGGAAAGGUUGGGUCACGCCCAGAUUGGUCUCCUUUAGGGGUUUAAUUCAAAAUUUCUGACGAGCAUCCAGGCCCCUUUCAUAUGGGAGCCCCUCCUCCCCCCGGGGAAAAAUAAGUUUAUGAUAUAACAGGGUCUAGAAGGGUCUUCUCGGGAUCCAAGAUUUUUUACCGAAAUUUAGAGCGGGAUUCGGGAAAACGCAAAAUUUCUAGACGGUAUACGGGAUUUGACCACUUCUCGGAAAGCGGGAUUCGCCAAAUCUUUGCACGGGAUGCAAUACUGGGAUAUCAGGGUGUGGGAUUCUCGUGAGAAGGAGCGUGAAUGCGGCGUGAUCCGGACCCCACUUCCAGACCAUGAUAGUAGUUGCCUUGAUUUUACCACCCUCAAUUUUCAUUUUAAAGAAUCAUCAUUAACGUCUCUUUUCCUUGCAGGAAGCGGUUUGCAGUCGUUUACGAGUUGCACUGCUGAUAUCAAAGAUGAAUGGGAAAUUCCACGUGAUGUUCUCAUUAUUGGUCACAAAAUUGGUGAAGGACAGUUUGGUCUGGUAUUGGAAGGGACGCUCAUGACUGGUAAGUAUGGGGAGGGGGUUAGACUCCGAGAAACGCUCUUGUAAAGGAGGGAGGGGUGUGUAUGGGUGUAUGAGAGAGAGAAUGGGUGCUGAGAUUGGUGCGUAGCCGCGCCGCCUACAGUUAGAUUCAGACAAUUGGUUGAAAGUUCUUACUUAGUACACUGGGAUCAUUUCUUGCGGUCAACGGUAGAAAAAGAGUCUACCUAUUUCUCCACCUCUUCAUUCACUCAUUCAGAGGCGUUAGUCAAUUACCUUCUAAAUAGACCAGUUUCGAUAUAUUAAAAUUGAUACUUGGCUCCGAGGCCUAGGAGAAUAAAACAAAAGAAAUGAAUUAUUCAUUGCUUACCCUCAAUAUGACUUCUUUUGCUUUUAUUCCCCUACGGCUUCGAAGCCAAGUAUGAAUUUCGAUGCAUCGAAAUUGCUCUACUCAUGUGUUUGUUACCACAGCUUUCGUUCAUUCAUCAGUUUCAUUAAUUCAUUCAUCCACCCAUUCAUUUACAAUAUCUUUUUAAAGGCUGGUGUACUGUAGUCAGUGAUCUUCGGUUUGAAGCAACAAAGCAAAAUAUUUGAAACAAACGGACGUUUGUUUUUUGUUGCAGAGGAGGGUCCGCUGAAGGUUGCCGUGAAAACGAUCAAAGAAAAUGCAGAUCGUUUCGACAUCAAAGAUCUUUUGCAGGAGAUGGAAAUGAUGAAAGAGAUUGGUCAGCAUCCACAUAUCGUCAGCCUGGUGGGCACGUGCACCACACCAGGACCGCUGUACAUCAUUACCGAGUACGUAUCAGGCGGCAAUUUACUUGAUUAUCUCAGGGCCAGUAGGCCAGACGAUGAGACCUACGUCAACGUCACGUCUACGCUCAGUUCCCGUGACCUGCUGAAGAUUGCGCUGGACUGUGCACGGGGAAUGAGUCACAUCGCCAAUAAAAAAUUCGUCCAUCGAGAUCUUGCUGCUAGAAACAUUCUUCUUACUGAAGAACACCAGGCUAAAGUUGCUGAUUUUGGUUUGGCGCGAGAUAUUUACGGCGAUGGACAAUACGUGAAAACCGGUGGAGGAAGACUGCCAAUCAAAUGGAUGGCUCCAGAAUCUAUUCAGGAUCAAGUAUAUACUACCAUGUCUGAUGUCUGGUCAUUCGGGGUUCUCCUAUGGGAAAUCGUCACCAUCGGGGGCUCUCCAUAUCCAUGUGUCCCGGUAAAUCUUCUCUUAACGAAGCUCCUGUGCGGAUAUCGUAUGUCUAAACCAGCGCACUGUUCCGAAGAGCUUUAUAACUUGAUGAUGUCGUGCUGGGACAUGAAUCCCGAGGCUAGGCCGAACUUUUCCGAACUGUGCCACAUACUUUCAGAGAUGCUGUCGGAAUCGGCGAGGUCUUACGUGAACAUCACUGUAAGUGACGAAAGAUUUCAUGGGCAUGUGGAGGAAAGCUCUGGUAAUGCGCAUGAGCAGACCACCUCAGUUUAG